AUGGAAGGCGCCAACGCUCCGACCAUCAGACGCGGGGGCAACAUCCACGACGAGUACGACAUCCUGGACGAGGUGGUGGGCGAGGGAGGCUACUGCGUGGUGCAGAAGGGCGUGGACAAGCGCACGGGCGAGCUGGUGGCCGUCAAGAUGCUGAGCAAGAGCGAGACGUCCGCCCGAGAGUUCUGGAGCGAGGUGGACGUGCUGCGUGUGGCCGGACAGCACCCGAACAUCCUGCAGCUUAGAGGCACGUACGAGACCGAAUACUGCUGGUUUAUUGUGCAGGAGCUGGCGCAGGACGGAGAGCUCUUCGACCAUUUGAUUGCCAAUGGAGCGUACUCCGAGCAACAGGCGAGCAACACCAUCCGACAGCUGUGUGACGCGCUGCAGUACUUGCACCGCAAGGGCAUCGUGCAUGGGGAUAUCAAGCCCGAGAACGUUCUGCUGCACAAUGGCCGCAUGUGUCUCGUGGACUUUGGCGUGUCGUUUCGAAUGGGGGAAAGAUUUUUCUACGACUCGCAUUUGAUGGGCACGGUGGCAUAUGCAGCACCCGAGACGCUGGAACACGCUGGACCGGAUGCCAUUAAGUUCGGACCCAAAGCCGACAUGUUUGCACUCGGAAUUGUGUUGUACAUUCUGCUGUGCGGCGCACAUCCGUUCGACACGUAUAACAACUUGUCCGAUGAAGAGAUCCGUAAAAGAAUUCUGAAGGGCAAGUUCCGCACACAGUCUCGAGCGUGGCAGUCGAUUUCGCCGUCUGCACGUGAUCUGAUCCAGAAGCUGCUGGAGACGGACCCUAACAAGCGACUCAGCGCGGAGCAAGCGCUUCAACACCCGUGGCUGCGUAACCAAGCGCAACUCAGU